GUGAUUUAUUUGGUUAAAAGAAAAUCAACAAAAAAGUUAUAUGAACACAAUAAACAAAAAGUUAUGCCACACAGCACCAAACUCUAUACACAAAAUACACUGACUCCAAUGAAAUAGUAGGUAAAGAAGAAGACGGAAAAAAAACAAGAACAGUGGAACAGGUGACAUGAGUAAUAAUAAUAAUGCUUGGUGGUUUUUUGGUCAAACAUUUUGUGUUGUUAAGCUCCUUAAAAACAAAAUGGAAACUUAUAUAUUAAGUAUGUUUUGGAAAUUCUUUCUCUCUGCUCGUGCCUUAACAGCUGCUCUUCAUCUUCUUCAAAACUCAAGCGCUCAACCUCUAGCCACCCCCGCCGCUCAACCUCCAGCCACCCUCUCGCGCUCCUCCUCCGCUCUUCAUUAUGACAACAUCUUCUUCUACACCGAAUUCUACCUCGGUUGCUUCAUGUGGCCAAGGCAACUUGAAGUUGCAAGUACAUCUAGGGCAACAAUGGCACAACAAGUAGUGGUAGAUGAUGUUGAAGAAGAUGUUGAAGAUGAAGAAUUGGAGGAAUAUUUUGAAGAAGAAGAAGACCUCUUUGAUGAUGAUCUAUGAUUUUUAUGUUUCCUUGAAUUUUCAUAUAAUAGUACUAAGUUUGAAUUUUAAGAUGAGAUGUUUGAAACUUGAUGUUUUUAAUCUUCUAGUAUGUUUUGAGUUUUCUAUAAUGUUUUGAAUCUUGAUUAAGCAUUGUUCUUUGACAUUUGAUUUUAUAAAUCUUUUAUGAGUAUUGUGUUAUUUAUGAUGUUUUGAAUCUUCUACUAUGUUUUGAAUUUUCUAUAAUAUUUUAAAUCUUAGAUUA